AAAAGGAAAGCGUAAAUCCGUACAGAAUAGCAGUCAUGCGAAAUCUAACAAACUUGACAAAAAGUAAGAACCCAUUUUAUAUUUCACAACUACUCCCAAAUAUUUCUACAUAACGUCUUGCAAAAUCUUUUUACAUGUCGUUAAAGACGUAUGGAAGUGUCUUCUGGCAUCCACUUCCUGCAUCCACAUGGGACUGUCUCUGCGGGUGAGAGGUUGAUUGUUGACUUCCAUAUAUCCAGUAAUAUUAUGCUGCGGCAUCCCAGGACAAUGUGACCCUCCUCGGAUCACCUUCAUUAGCUAGUUGAAGCGCCGCGGAGUGCAAGUGAGCGCACGGGAGGGCCGGGAUAUAACCCAGGGUGUGCACCGACCGCACCAUCUCCAACUCCGGCGGCAGUUUGACGGUAGCGCGGGGAGCCCCCCUUGUCCCCUGAGGGUGACUCCUCGACCAUGCGACAGUGGUGCCUUCCUGCUGUGGCUCCACGCGCCGAACCGCUCCCAACGGGCCGAUUAUCACCUCAAAUCUCAGAUGCUAGGAUGGAGUGUUGUGAUGUGGAGCCUCGCUAUACCAUUGAACAGAUUGACCUGCUCCAGCGUUUAAGGCUGUCAGGGAUGACCAAACCUCAGAUCAUUCAAGCCCUUGAGUCUUUAGAGAGGCUCGAUCCAGACCAUCGUACCCCAUGCUGCAACAGUCACUCGGCCACACCCAGCGCUCCUACCUCCGCAGCCCCUGCUGCUCCCUCGUCCUCCUCUUCUUCCUUCUCCUCUCUUACCUCAGCCACCACGCAGACUCCUGUUAUGGAUGCUGCAUUAUCGCCAAGCAACAGCUACGAUGCUUCGCCCCCACCCAUGUACCCACCCGGUGGAGUUCAGAGGUCGUUUAGUUACGACUUGACAGAAGAGGACUGGGAUCUGGAGGAGAAGGUGGAGGAAUACAUGAGGAGGGACAGCAACCUUGUGAAAGAAGAGAUAAAGGCUUUUCUCAAUAACAGAAGGAUCUCACAGGCAAUUGUUGGACAAGUCACAGGUAUUAGUCAGAGCUACAUCUCCCAGUGGCUUCUGCAGCAGGGGCUGGAGAUGAGCGACUCCAAACGCAGGGCGUUCUAUCGCUGGUACCUGCUGGAGCGCAACAGCCCAGGAAUCAGAUGGAGUGAAAACCAGCAUGCUCAGGUCCCCAGGAGCAGGACUGACACUCCCUUGAAUAGGCAGAGAGAACUGCUGAUGCACCUCCUCCCCUGGUACUCUGCUCACCAGUCCCAGUCAGGUGCCACAUUGUCCAUGCGUUCUCUGGUUAAAGAGGAGCCUGACUGGAGGUUGGCUGGAAGUCCUGCAGACAGGGCAGCAGUUGGGCCUUUUAGACUGCGUAGAGGUAGUCGCUUCACCUGGAGAAAGGAGUGCCAGUCAAUCAUGGAGAGUUUCUUUAUAGAGAAUCAGUAUCCUGAUGAAGCCAAAAGAGAGGAAAUUGCCAAUGCUUGUAAUGCUGUCAUUCAAAAACCUGGAUGCAAACUGUCCGAAUUUGAACGAGUCACUGCGCUCAAAGUGUACAACUGGUUUGCCAAUCGGAGGAAGGAGAUGAAGAGACGUGCAAACAUAGAGGCUGCUAUACUAGAGAGCCAUGGGAUAGAGGUACCAAGCCCCAGCUGCCACUCCAACAGCGAAGAGGUCGAGACUCAGGAGUUUGGAGAUCAAGUCAUGAGUCAGCGGUUCUCUGAGCAGGAGGAGCUGUCUCAGAGGAAAGACAUCGAGCCAGAAGUUGACAUGAUUCAUCCUGUGGAAGUGGGGACUACUUCAAGCCCGACCUCUCAACUUGUGGAGCGGAAGCUGGAUGAAUCGAAAAGGGAGGCUACUGAUGAUGAUUAACCAAUGAACUGAGUCUAUUUGUGUUCCAAAGUGGCUUGACGGUUGUUCUCAGCCAAGCCUGACACUUUAAAUUCUCUGGUGUCUCUAGUGGUAGGGAGGCCACUCUUAUGUAUCAAGUAAUCAUGCUUGUAGUAAAGGCAAUAUUUACUCUAUACAGUAUAUUGUGCAUUCCAAUACAGUCUUAACACUUCCUGCAGGAGAGAGAGAUGUGUAAGGUGCAAACUAAUAACUUUCUUAUCACGCUAAAGCUGUUUGCUUUCAUUUCUCAGUGUUCUCAUAUACUGUAUAACAGUUCCACCUGUUAUUAUCUCAAGCGAGCAGUCUAGAGAAACCUGCAGGACAGGUGUUUAAUUUGACACAAUGGGUGCACUGAACCCAGUUUGAAGUCUGUGUGAAUUUUAAGAGCUUAACAGUCUCUUAAUUGUCAUAUGCAAUAGUUAAACACAAGAUUGGAUAGAUACACCCCUACUAGAUAUACCAACUCAGGUAGAACUAAACUCUGCAGUUAAGUGAGAAGAUUGCAGUUUUCACCCUCAUGGAGAUCAGUAUUUCUCACAAUAAUGGUUAAUUGGAUAGAAAUGUGACUUGUCUCAAGCAUACAGGAUUGUGUACAUAUUGUUUUUCACUUUUUAUUUCAGAUGUGAUCUGAAAGUAAUAUUCGGAUUAUCAUGGCUCUGUUUUUGUAUACACAAUGAUUGUAAGCUCUUUGUAUCCAGCUACUUAAGCUAUACUGACCCUGACUAGUGUGAGGGGUCUAAAAUGCUUCAAAAGUCCCCCCCCUAAGGUAUUAUUUGCUAUAAGCAUAAUUACGAACCUCUUUAAUAAGGUAAUGCAGUAUGUAAAACUACAAGUAUAAUAUUAGCAUUUAAUGCAACAAGCUGCUUUUCAAUGGAUUGAUAUCCACAGUUUAUUUUUCGGUGUUUUAACGAAAGCCAAAGCUAGGCCAAGUUGUAAAAAAUGCAUUUUACAUGAACAAAGUCAAAUAGACUUGACGAUUGCUUAAGGCACAUCAGCAUGCCUUGGUGAGAAGCGCUUUGAGCGUGUAAAGGCUUUAAGCUGCACAGUAUGAUUAGUAUGGCCUGUCAGCUCUGUACACCAACAGAAUUUGAUGCUGCAUGCUGUCAAGGCCCCCUACUCUGUGCUUUUUCCUAAUGAUAUAAAACAAUAAAAUGAAGAAAAAAUGUA